UUUCUUCUAAAUUUCUGGUGGUUUAAGAACUCACCAGUUGGAUUUCUUGUCAAAUAAAAAUUAAAAAGUAAAAAAAAAAAAAAGAAAAUUAAAUAGAUUAAAAUCCCCCUCCAAAAAAAAAAACACAAUGGCUGUCUUUAGUUCCUUGUUUGUGUGUUCGUUGCUGUUUUUUGUGGUAGCAAAUGCCAAUGUAGAUGAAGAUGAAUACUGGCAAACGCGUGCCACUGAAGCUAAGAAAGUUGCACAAGGUGCCUUCAAUGCUAACCCUGAAAUUGUUACCGAUACCUUGAACGCUGCUGUUAGUCGAACGAUGUUGGGUCACAAUAGUACGAGAAGGAGCCUAAGGAAGAAGUAUAGAGGACCAUGCUUGGCAACGAACCCCAUUGAUAGAUGUUGGAGAUGCGAUCGAAAUUGGGCUAAAAACCGACGGAAGCUAGCGGAAUGUCCAUUGGGGUUCGGCCACCAAACCAUUGGCGGAAAGAGAGGACCAAUCUACGUGGUGACAGACGCGUCUGACGAUGACUUGGUUAAUCCUAAACCUGGAACCCUACGACAUGGUGUGAUCCAAAAAGGCCCACUUUGGAUCAUCUUCGGGAGAAGCAUGGUCAUUAGGCUGAGUCAAGAGCUAAUGAUCUCAAGCCACAAGACCAUUGACGCUCGGGGGGCUAACGUCCACAUUGCCUUUGGCGCUGGUCUCACCAUUCAAUUCGUCAACAAUGUAAUCAUUCAUAACCUUCACAUCCAUGACAUCGUAUCUAAAUCGGGUGGAAUGAUUAGAGAUUCAGUGGAUCAUUAUGGGUUCAGAACACAGAGCGAUGGCGAUGGCAUCUCCAUCUUUGGUUCUUCUCAUGUUUGGAUCGACCACGUUUCCAUGUCCAAUUGUCAAGAUGGUCUUAUUGACGCCAUCAUGGGUUCCACAGCAAUCACUAUCUCCAAUUGUCAUUUCACUCACCACAACGAGGUGAUGUUAUUUGGAGCGAGCGAUAGCUACGCAGAAGACGAAAUUAUGCAAGUAACCCUAGCAUUCAACCACUUUGGGAGAGGAUUGGUGCAAAGGAUGCCAAGGUGUAGAUGGGGUUUCUUCCAUGUUGUUAACAAUGACUACACUCAUUGGCUUAUGUACGCGAUCGGCGGUAGCCAACAUCCUACCAUUGUUAGCCAAGGCAAUCGUUUCAUCGCUCCUCCAAACCCCAAUGCCAAACAGAUAACAAAGAGAGAAUAUGCAAUGGAAGAUGAAUGGAAGCAUUGGUCAUGGAGAUCAGAAGGAGAUGAGUUGAUGAAUGGAGCAGUGUUUAUUGCAUCAGGUGACCAAACAAAAGGGAAGAAGAAAGGUUUAUCAAGAUAUGAUAUGAUUUCCUUCAAGCCAGGAACCUACGUCAGAAGACUUGUACGCCUUUCUGGCACAAUUGAAUGCACCCCAGGCAAACCAUGCUAGCAAAAUUUCUUUUAUUUUUUCUUUUCUUUUAUUCUUUUAAAUGUUGUUAUAUUUUCAUUUAGAAAUAAAUAAUUUCGGAAUUUUGAGAAGGGUUUUAGCCUUCUCCAUUAUCGUCGCUCAAAUCUGUACAGGGAAGAAGAGACAAAAAAAAAGAAAAAAGAAAAAAAGAAGAAAAAAAAAGCUUUUUGUCUUUGUAAAGCCCUUUUUUCUAUUGUGCAUUCCUUUGUUUUCUACACGCUUCUUCGCUUCUUUGGUUAUAUUCAGCUUUGUUGGCGAUGGAGUAUCAAAGGGAAUGAGUACAAAUAAAUUAUUGUGUAUUAAAUUUCUUAUUGAUUAAUACUAUAUAUGAGUGUGGCUGAUCCCUCCUCU